AUGAUCUUUGUCAAAUUGUGGCUGCUUGCCACCUCGGCUGAGUUUGUGCAAGCAAAGCUCCUUGGCUCCUCGUUCGGGGUACCAGGCCUCAAUGCGACAUUCGACUACGUUGUUGUUGGUGGCGGAACCGCAGGUCUCACCAUUGCAACUAGACUUGUCGAGCAGGACGCAGGAAGCGUGGCAGUGGUUGAAGCAGGCACUUUUUAUGAGAUUUCCAACGGAAAUGGGUCUCAAGUGCCAGGUCCGGGUGUUAAUUAUGCUGGAAAGUCUGCUCUAGACUGGCAGCCGUUGAUCGAUUGGGGAUACAUGACGACACCUCAAGCAGGUGCGAACAACGCGUCCUUACACUAUGCGCGAGGCAAAACACUCGGUGGCAGCUCGGCGAGGAAUGCAAUGAUCUACCAACGGGGCACCACUGCAUCUUACCAGAAAUGGGCAGACCAAGUUGGGGACCAGAACUACACUUUUGAGAACCUACUACCGUAUUUCGAGAAAAGUAUCAAUUUCAGUGCGCCAGAUAUGAGUGUUCGAUUUGCAAACUCAACGCCUCAAUACGACGAGACCGUGAUGGGAGACGGUACGGGUCCUCUAUCUGUAGGGUUUCCAAACUCACCCUCAGCGUACGGGACUUUCGCAGUCGAAGGCAUGAAGCAGAUGAACCUAUCGGGCAUCGAUGGUUUCCAGAGUGGAAGUUUACUUGGUUAUGCAUACAGCAUGUUCACCAUUGACAGCGGCACAAUGCUCAGAUCGUCCUCGGAGACUGCAUUCAUGCGGCAGGCAUUGCAAUACAAUGCUUAUCAAGUCUAUCACCUAACUAUGACCAAGAAGAUCUUAUUUGAUUCUAACAAGAAAGCUACCGGAGUUUUGGUUGACACACAAGGCUUUCAAUACACUUUGACAGCGAAAAAGGAAGUGAUCGUUUCCACGGGUGCCUUUGCGUCUCCGCAGAUUCUAAUGGCAUCUGGUGUCGGCCCUGCUGAUACUUUGACCUCAUUGGGCAUAGAGGUCAUUGCUGACCGACCCGGGGUGGGCAAGGGAAUGCAAGACCACGUCUGGGUCACGUUAGCAUACCCUAUCAACGCUCAAACCAGUUCUUCUUUACGCUACCCCUCGUUUCUCUACGGCCAACAAGCUCUUUUCAACAGCUAUCCAGCCACUGGAAUCUACUCGAGCCCCAAUUGCGAUGUCCUAGGCUGGGAGAAAGUACCACAAGACUUGAGAGCCAGUUGGAGUAACGCGACCAAUGGCGUCCUCAAAGCGUACCCAGAUGAUUGGCCGGAACUCGAAUAUAUGACAGUUAAUUCGUACGUCAAUGAGCAGGAGGUCUACAAGCUUAUGGAUCCUUUUGAUGGCACAAAUUAUGCGUCCAUCGGUGUCAUCCUCGCCUCUCCCAUCUCGCGAGGAAGUGUCACCAUAACCUCCGCCGACACAAGUGUACACCCGUCGAUAAAUCCCGAGUGGCUGACGAAUCAAGCCGACAUGGAUAUGAUGAUAGCGGGCGUCAAACGGGCCCGAGAAUUCUGGGGAACGGCCGCUCUGCAGGGCCUCGUCAUUGGCGAGGAAGUAUUUCCCGGUUCCGAAAUUUCUACCGACGCGGAGAUUGAGAGCUUCAUUCGUAACUCGUUCAACACUAUUUGGCAUGCUGCCUGUACUUGUGCAAUGGGAAAGAUCGAUGAUCCUAAUUCCGUCGUGGAUUCCGAAGCAAAAGUGAUCGGAGUGCAGGGUCUUCGCGUUGUCGAUGCGUCGACUUUUCCAUUAUUGCCACCGGGGCAUCCUCAGUCAACCAUCUUCGGGGUUGUCCGAGAUCUCACCUUCGAACACGGGUCCUCAGGCAGAUAG